CCGAGGCUCUUGGAGGGAGGACGGAUAAGCGCCGCUGACGGUACCGGAUUUUCAUACCCGAAGGAGGGAGAGGGAUGCUACGGUGAUUUCCCCUCUUUUUUUUUUUUCCUCCUCACAUCUCCUCCUCUUCCAUCACUUCGAUCUCGGAACCUUUAAUCAAGACGCACUCCUGCUCUCUCUCUCUCUCUUUUUGUUAUUAUUUUUUGUAAUCUUUGGUUCAUCUUUCGCUUCUGCGCUCCAGCUGAUAAAAGAAAAUAAUCAAAAAUAAAUAAGCAGAGAGAACAUUUUGGGUUCGAGGAGAACCGGCUCGGCUCUGCCUUGGGUUUUUUUUUUUCUCUCUCUCCCCAUCAUCAUCAUCAUCAUCAUCAUCAUCAUCAUCAUCUCUCUCACUCUCUUCUCCAAGCGCACAAACAGCAAGAACUGGGUUUUGAAAUCAGUGGAUGUGUGUGUUGGACAUCUGAUACAAGAAGCGAAUACUAGUUGAGAGAAGUGAUCGCUCUCUGCUGGCUUGUAUGUAUUUGGGGGGACGUUUCCUUGGAGAGGCGGGCUGCGCACGGAGUCUCUCACUUCCAAGGCAGAUCUGUGUCGCCGUGCAGAGGAGAAAACCCUCAACGUCUUCGGCCCCAGUAAUGAGCUAAAGGCUUUGUGACUCGAGGAGAGAGGAGUGAACAAAGAAGAAAAAAACGUGGAAGCGGGUGAUGAAUAUCUGCACCAACGGGCCCCAUCUCAGCUAAUGAACUAGGAAGUUCAUCAACAACAUUACAUUAACAAACACGGGAUAUCACCUCAGUGGGAGCUGAGCUCCACUGAGAGGAACCAGAGCGUUGGGGACAGAGUGAACGGUUGGGCAAGAUGGUGAUGCUGAAGCGGCACGGCCUCGGGCUGAUGAGGGCCUUCCUGGUGCUGGUCGGAGUUUCUGCGCUCUGUAGCGUCGCAUUAGGAACCCGGAGAGCAAAUGCUUCCUUGGAUCAAAGGGGCAACAAACACAGACAUCAAGGUCACAUGUCGCUGCACAGACACAGACAGCGGGGAGGGAAGGAGGGGCAGGUACUCCACAGGUCCAAACGAGGAUGGGUCUGGAAUCAGUUCUUCGUCAUUGAGGAGUACACGGGACCUGACCCGGUGCUGGUGGGCAGGCUCCACUCAGACGUAGACUCAGGCAACGGCAACAUCAAGUACAUCCUGUCUGGGGAAGGUGCGGGAACAAUCUUUGUUAUUGAUGACAAGACGGGCAACAUCCACGCCACAAAAACCUUGGACCGAGAGGAGCAGGCCCAGUACACUUUAACAGCCCAGGCCGUGGACAGAGACACUAACAAGCCUCUGGAGCCUCCUUCAGAGUUCAUCGUGAAAGUUCAGGACAUCAACGAUAAUCCUCCUGAGUUUCUACACGGGCCGUACUAUGCCAGGGUGCCUGAGAUGUCCAAUGUUGGUACGUCAGUGAUGCAGGUGACAGCGACAGAUGCUGAUGACCCCACCUACGGCAACAGCGCCAGGCUGGUGUACAGCAUUCUGCAGGGACAACCGUACUUCUCUGUGGAGCCUCAGACAGGAAUAAUUCGUACUGCCUUGCCCAACAUGGACCGCGAGGCCCGCCAGGAGUAUGAUGUCGUCAUCCAGGCCAAAGACAUGGGCGGUCACAUGGGCGGGCUGUCGGGGACCACCGAGGUUAAAAUCACCCUCACAGACGUCAACGACAACCCUCCAAAGUUUCCUCAGAGUGUGUAUCCAAUGUCUGUAUCAGAGGACAAAGUGCCAGGAGAGGAGGUGGGCCGCCUCAAGGCCAAAGACCCCGACCUCGGAGACAACGGACUGGUGAACUACCGCUUAGUCGACGGCGAUGGGAUGAACAUGUUUGAGCUGAGCACCGACUCCGAGACCAGAGAGGCUGUCAUCAAACUGAAGAAGAUGGUGGACUUUGAGACUAAACGGUCGUACACUUUGAAGGUGGAGGGAUCCAACCCCCAUGUUGACCCUCAGUUCCUCGCAUGGGGGCCUUAUAAGGACGAAGCCACGAUAAAGAUAUCAGUGGAGGAUGCAGACGAGCCCCCUGUGUUCGUAGCUCCCAGUUACACCUUUGAGGUAGAGGAGAAUGCGCCCGAAGGCACCCUGGUGGGUCGUGUCCAUGCCAAGGACACCGAUGUUGCCAACAAUCCCGUCAGGUACAUGAUCCCUCGGUACACAGAUGUCGAGCAGUUCUUCAGCAUCAACACGGAAGACGGCAUGAUCAUCACGAUGAAACCGCUGGACAGAGAAACGCAGAACUGGCAUAACAUAUCUGUGUCGGCCACAGAGAUCGGGGGUCACCACCAAGACACCAAAGUGCGCGUCAACAUCAAAGUUAAAGACGUGAAUGACAACCCUCCGGAGUUCGCGACCAACAACGAAGUCCUCAUGUGUGAAUCUGUCGCGCCGGGGAAGGUUAUUGAAAGAGUCAGCGCCGUGGACAAAGACGAGAUGGCUCACAGGCAGCACUUCACAUUCAGCCUCGCUCCGGAAGUCGCCCACAACAACAACUUCUCCCUCAAAGACAACAGAGACAGCACAGCCAGCAUCUACGUGCUCCGCAAAGGAUUCAGCCGCCUGACCCAGGAUGUUUACUACCUUCCCAUCGAGAUAAAUGACAACGGUUUCCCAGCUAUGAGCAGCACCAACACCCUGACCAUCAGAGUCUGCUCCUGUGACAGUAAAAACACCAUCCUCUCCUGCAAUGUGGAGCCCUACGUCCUGCCAGCCGGUCUCAGCACGGGGGCGCUGAUAGCUAUACUGGCCUGUAUCGUCAUUCUGCUGGCGAUCGUUGUGCUGUUUGUUGCACUGCGGCGUCAGAAGAAGGAGCCAUUGAUAGUGUUCGAGGAGGAGGACAUCAGGGAGAACAUUAUCACUUACGAUGAUGAGGGAGGUGGCGAGGAGGACACGGAGGCUUUCGACAUCGCCACACUGCAGAACCCAGAUGGUGCCAACGGUUUCCUGCCAAGAAAGGACAUCAAACCUGAGCUCCAGUAUCCCCUCAGACCCGGUGGCCGUCCAGCAGCCAACAGCGUCGACGUUGAUGACUUCAUUAAGACUCGAAUCGCAGAGGCCGACAGCGACCCGACCGCACCUCCUUAUGACUCCAUCCAGAUCUACGGCUAUGAGGGCAGAGGAUCGUUGGCUGGGUCGUUGAGUUCCCUCGAGUCUGUCACAACAGAGUCCGACUUGGAUUAUGACUAUCUGCAGAGUUGGGGGCCGAGGUUUAAGAAGCUGGCAGAUUUGUACGGGACCAAAGACUGCUCUAUUCAUGACGGGGAUGAUGGUGAAGACUCUUAACAGCGGUCUUUCUGUGUGGACGCCCCCGAUUUCUGAUUUAUUGAUUCCAUGAGGAUUCGUUAGCUGAGGGUUAACACUCCUCAAUACCCAAUCGUUACCACCUGAUCAGUUCAUGCCAAUUCGUCAACGGACGUUAACAGCUCUCCCUCCCGUGGCGCCUCCCUGGUCCUCCAGGAUGAUUUGUUAAUGAACACUUAAUGAACGCUUGGACUCGAACCGCUCCCAGCUUUUUCCCAAAUCUCUCCUUUCCCUCCUGUUUCUCUUCCCCACUCUCUUUCUACAGACUGAGCAUCGCAGGGCUGGGAGAUUUUGUUAUGUCACCAGUCUGUUGGUUUGAAAAGUUAAAUUGUUGGGGAAAAAAAUGUUGCUGUAUGAUCAAAAAGACUUGCUUAUAGCUAAAUGUUUAGUUUAUUAGAGGUUCUAUAUACUUUUGUGGACUGGAUUCACGUACUUAGCUAAUGGUUCCUGAGAGAAAUGUUAUUCCCCCGCACAGGUUCCUGAGUGGGAUAUAUAUUUCCCUGAGUGGUGUUUGUAAAGAACACACGGGAAGAGAAGAAGAGCGAGAUACAAGCAAAAUCAAAGAAAAAAGUUAGAAUGGGAUUCAGCAACAGCUUGAUGUUAGGAGAGAGACCUAAAAAGGUAACAAUGACGUGUCAGUAGGAUCAAACAGUCAAACAAAACUCUUUGCAAUGUGUUGUUGUGUGUGCAGAGUUCAGCAGGUACUGUGGUUUAGAUAGCGUGACCCAGAGGGUUGUUGAUACUCUGAAGACGCUCGCAGCAUCUUCACAGUAUGGUGGCCUUAUAAUAAAUAAACAACAACUCCAGGGGUAAACACAACAUGUGUAAUGAAAGAGAGACCGCUAGCUUGAGUAGCGACACACAGACAAAACACACAAGGACUGAGUAUCUGUGAAAACGCUACUCAAAUACCUGUUGUUGUUUUUUAUUUUUUGUUUAGUUUUUUUUUUACUCCCAAAAAGAGACGGACUCGACACGGAUCCAACUGAAAAAACUGUGGGUGAAUCUUCGUUUUUCAUUCUUCACUGCAGAGAAGACGUGAAAAAAAGAAAAGCUGCCCUUCUCCCCUGUGUUCCCCUCAAUCCUCCCAUCAACAAUCACUUCCCAUACCGAGUCCACCGAUGAAUGAUCACUUCUCCAUUCAGAGUCCACCAAUGAUGAUCAAUCACAAUGAGUAAAAACCUGUGAGCUCUAAAAAUCGCCUUAAACUUUAUGGACACUCUUGCAACGCAGUGCAUUCUCUUUUUUUUUUUUUUUUUUCGUUUCUCCUUUUUUUGUUUCUUUUUGUAACUUGAAAAGUAUAUUCAGAAAGCAAACUAUUGUCCAUGUUAGGUAUGUACAGAGCAAUGUGCAGACAUGUGAUAUAUCACGUUGAGGAUCCAACCUGCGCCUCGUGCAUUCUUAAAAUAAAAACAACAAAAAAACAGGAUGUGCCGUUUCUGCCAGCACGGUAAAUGUAGACCAGGAUAAACGUGCCUUGUGUUUCUUUUUCCCAACACCAGCUAUGUUAGCAGCAACGUCUGUUGUAUCAACAUGUGUUGCUAUUCCAACAUAAAAUGUGCACACUGGAAAAUAACACAAGGUGUGUUUUCUGAGCCACAUAUGCGGAGAGGCUGAAACCAGGACAUCCUUUUUUAAGCGUGCUGAUUCUUGUUCAAUCUCUUUUUUAAUGUUAUUAUAUUAUUAUGAUUAUUAUUGUUGUUUUUUUAAUAUUAUUAUUAUCAUUAUUAUUAUUAUUAUUAUGACGAUAACUGUUCUUUCUUUGGCUGCAGCUACACAGGACCGGAUUCAUGUUUAACUCUUUGCAGCUCCGAUUUGAUCUUAUGGGUGUCUAAACAUGGAGAGACUACGUGCUAUUUCAUUUUUUUCAUUUUUGGACAGCUGUAAGAAAUGUACUGCCAAAAGUUAAAUAUCAGCUUUGGUUUCUGCCUGCGUGAACACAACCUCUCUCAUUUCUUUUGUUUUUGUUCCUUUUUUUUUGUUUUGUUUUGUUUUUGGCGUUUCUUCGUUCUUUCUCCCUGUUCAAGAGGAAAAACUAGAAAUCUGUGUCUGUUGCAGUGAGAGAACGCCUCGUUUUUAUUCUCUGUCAAGUUUUAUGGUACCGAUUUGUACAAUUUUAAAAGUUCUUAUUUUAGUAUACAUGCAGAAUAUUCCAGUAUUACAACAAAAAACAUGUUAAGAAGAUACGAUUAAAAAAAAAAUGUUACAGCAUCACACUUAUAUUUUCUGAACAUUGUACUGUUGCUUUACUAUGUGCUUCAAUCUCCGAAGCGAAAAAAAACUUUGAAAUAAAUGCUCUUUUUAUAAAAUGA